UAUCCGCAGAGAACGAAGAAGCCCUAAACCAAAAUCUCAAAAAAUAUCGUAUGAACAUAGAUAAAACCAAGACGAUGAUCAUAAGCAUAGAUAUAAAGACACAUUACAUCCAAAUAGGAAAUAGACAAAUAGAUCAAAUAAGUCGGCUCAAUGAUGACAGUAGAAUUAGAUAAAGAAAUAACAAAAAGAACAGCAAACAAAGGAAAACUAUUUAAAAACAUAUUUUCUAGAGAACAAUAGAAUAAGACUAGAAAUUAUGGCUUAGAAACAUGGUCAAUGACACAGAAAAAAAAAUGCCAAUAACGGAAAUGAGAUUCCUUCGGAAACCUAACCAAAAUAGAGACUAAACAUGAAAAUAAUCAAUUGGGAUUUCAAGAAGAAUAUUAGAUUCCAGAACAAUAAGGUAGAUAAAUAGAGAAAGACCCGAAUGGACGGAAUCAAUAAACAGAAAGAAACAACUAAACGAGUUAUUACAGAAAGAAAUGGAAAUAAUGUUGGAAGAAAGCCUCGUUAAAAAAGAAACUCAACACCACGUCUUACACAGAAAAUACGACAUUAUAAAGAAAGAUUCAAAAGGCAGCAAGGAGCUAACUUAUAUCUUCCUGGUAGUUUUGUGACCGACAAUGAAGAUGCGGAAUCAGGUCCUUGGCAGGAAUGGUCAGCCCCGAGCCCUUGUUCUAGAACAUGCGGUGGAGGUGUAUCGACGCAAUCCAGGAAAUGUACAGAAGGAUACGAUUGCGUUGGACCUUCAGCUAGAUAUUUUUCGUGUAACACACAGGAUUGUCCUGAUAACGCAGACUACAGAGCGCAGCAAUGUGCCGAACACAACAAAAUAUUGUUCGAAGGAGUUUACUACGAAUGGUUGCCGUAUACAAAAGGACCAGUUCCUUGCGAGUUGAAUUGUAUGCCCAAAGGAGAAAAGUUUUAUUACAGACACGCUGAUGCCGUAGUUGAUGGUACCAGAUGCACCGACGAAGGAUAUGACGUUUGUGUACGAGGAAAAUGUCAACCUGUAGGAUGUGACAGGAUGUUAGGAUCACAAGUAAAGGAAGACAGAUGCCGUGUAUGUGGAGGAGACGAUUCUAGUUGUAAUACAUUUACAAAUAUAAUAACAAUGAAAGAUAUGCAAAGGGGAUACAAUGAUAUUCUCCUUAUUCCCGCUGGCGCGACAAAUAUUAAAAUCGAAGAACUGGCUUCAUCGAAUAAUUAUUUAGCUGUUAGAAACACAUCGGGAUAUUAUUAUUUGAAUGGUAAUUGGAUGAUAGAUUUUCCUAAAUCAAUCGACUUCGCUGGUACUAAAUUUAAAUAUGAUAGAAUCUCUCAAGAAAUCGACGCGCCGGAUAAAAUAUCAGCUCUCGGACCAACAGAUGAAUCCUUAUUCAUUGUUCUCCUCUAUCAAGACGGAGACGUACCAGUGAGUUACACUUACAGUUUACCAACUAUGGUACCGCCUCCACCCAACGAAACUUAUGCCUGGAUAUACGAUGAAUACACACCGUGUUCGGUAUCCUGCGGUAAAGGUAAUCAGAGUAGGAAUGUGAGUUGUGCUGAAAGAAACUCAUUGAAACCAGCUUCAGAAUCACUUUGCGAAGGUAACAGUAAACCAGAGUCCUCAAGAAUGUGCAAUGAGAUAGAUUGUGAAGCUAAUUGGGUACUAGAAGAAUGGACUAACUGCUCAGUACCUUGCGGAAAACAAGGUGGCGUUCAAAAGAGAAAAAUCGUUUGUAAGAAAAUUACCGCUAACGGAACGGAAAUUGUUGUUGAUAAUAAAGAAUGUUCUAAGGAGUCGCAACCUGAAAAAGAAAGACCGUGCAACGUUGAUACAUUAUGCCCGAAAUGGUAUCUCGAGCCUUGGAAACCGUGUGAUCACCUUUGCGGAGACGGUAAACAAACAAGAGGCAUCACUUGUUACAUGGAAGACAAAGAAAGAAGGAAGAAAAUUCUACCGAAUUCUGAGUGCGAAAAAGUAUUACCGAAACCGGAAACCGAAAAACCAUGCUUUAUUAGGCCCUGCGAGGGUGUUGACUGGAUCACGUCAGAGUGGUCAGGGUGUACAGCUUGUGGUUUAACCCAAGAAACGCGGAAGGUAUUGUGCGCCACUGAAAAUGAAAAAGUUCAACCCGAUGAACUGUGUAAUCCCGAUAGAAAACCAGAAGCUAUAAGGGAAUGCGCCUCAAAUCCUUGCUUAUAUCUCUGGUAUGCAGGACAAUGGAGUGAGUGUUCGGUAACAUGUGGACAAGGUGUUCAAACCAGAGUCAUUUUCUGUGGAAUUUCUACACCAAAUGGCGUCGAAAAAGCUGAUGAUUCGAAAUGUGAUCCAUCAAAACAUUUUGACACAAUGAGGAAUUGUACUGGAGAAAAAGAAGAAUGCGAUGGGGAGUGGUUUAGUGGUCCAAUGGGAGAGUGCUCUAGACCCUGCGGAGGCGGACAAAGAACCAGAAAAGUCGUCUGCAUCAAAGAUUAUCAAAUUGUUCAUCCUUCAGCUUGUGGUUCCGACAAAAUUGUAUUCUCAGAAGAAAAAUGCAACGAAGAACCUUGUUCUGAAGACACCUUAAUGCCAAAGGAUAUAACUCAUCCCGUCGAUGAAUCAGAACCAACUAAAGGAUAUUCUGGAAAGAGAGAAGUCACGACAACACCUCUUACAACAGAAUGGAGGUCAGAUGAAACUACAAUAUUUGAAAUAACCACAAGUUCAAGCAUAACAUCUACCGAUUCGGACGAAUAUGAAAUUGUGCCAGACACUAACUGUGAUGAUGGCGAAUGGGUUGAAGAAAAUACAGAAAACGAGAAAGAAAAAUCGCAAAGCGUUGACGAUAAGAUGCAAGCCGAUGAAGAAAUAAUGCAAGGAGAUGAUCCUUUCGCUUCCGAAGAUUUAAUGAUGGGUGAUCAACCAUUCGAAGGAUCCGGUGAAACAACUUACGGAACAGAUUCCACGGAUACCUCUUAUUCCACAGAAACAACUAGUUUUACUGAAUCUACUGGUACCACAGAAGAAUUUACAGAAGAACAACAAAGCACCACUGAUUUCUCUGAAUCAACAAUUGAAUUUACAGGCUCUACCGAUUCAUCAGUUAGCACAGAAACGGGCGAGACCGAAUCUACUACAGACUUUACAGACUCUACAGAAUCAUCUGGUACUACAAUAGAAAAUACAGGCUCCACCGAAUCUGUCGAAACUACCACUAAAAUAACUGGUUCUACCCAACAUCCUGGUACAACAAUAGAAUCUACAACCUCCAUAGCAAUCGAAGAAUUUAAUGGUAGUGUUAUUGAAUCAGAUGUAAAUGCCGCAAUAUCUAUAGAAUCAACUACUGUUUCUACGGAACUACCAGUUACAUCAACAGAAUUUACUGAAUCUACUGAAACAACUAUUACAUUGCUUAGUUCUACAGAAUCUUCGGAUACUACUACAGAAAAUACAGAUUCGACAACAGAAUUUACAGGAUCAAGUGAAUCCACAACAGAAUUCACAGCAUCUACACAUACAUCUGAAAGCGAAACAGAUUUAACUAAAUCCACAGAAGGUUUCUCAGAAUCAACGGAAACUACUAUAGAAUUCACGGGAUCUACUGAAAUUACAACGGAAAUUACCGGUUCAACGGAUCUUUAUCAAAGUACAACAUUACUUACUGACUCCACAGAAUCAUCUGUAAGUGUAACAGCUGUCUCAUCAGAAGAAUCACCUCAGACCACAGAGGAAGCAACGGUUACCUCUACAGUGUUUACAGGAAGCACUGAAACAUCUGCAAGUACUACAGAGUUUACCCAAUCCACGGAAGAAUCUAAGAGUACAAGUGAGAGCAUAACAGAAUAUCCUGAAUCAACCACUGGUUCCACAGAAUCAACCGGUACUACAGAGUUUACUGGUUCAUCCGAAUCAUCCGUUAGUACAAUGGAAACCACUGGAUCUACAGAAUCAGAAGUUACCGGUUCGACUGAAUCAUCAGCUAGCACAGUAGAAUUUACAGGAUCCACAGAAUCAACAAUUGUUACUAAGAUCACUGGCUCAACUGAAUCAACAAUUAGUACAGAGUCCACUGAAGUAACUGCAGUAUCUGGACUCACUAGUUCAACAGAAUCAUCCGCUGGCACAACAGAAUUUACAGGAUCGACUGAAUUUACAACUGAAAUUACAGGUUCGACAGAAUCUUCAACUAGUACAACAGAAUUUACGGGAUCGACUGAAUUUAUAACUGAAAUUACAGGUUCGACAGAAUUUUCAGCUAGUACAACAGAAUUUACGGGAUCGACUGAAUUUACAACUGAAAUUACAGGUUCGACAGAAUCUUCAGCUAGUACAACAGAAUUUACGGGAUCCACUGAAUUUACAACUGAAAUUACAGGUUCGACAGAAUCUUCAGCUAGUACAACAGAAUUUACGGGAUCGACUGAAUUUACAACUGAAAUUACAGGUUCAACAGAAUCUUCAGCUAGUACAACAGAAUUUACGGGAUCCACUGAAUUUACAACUGAAAUUACAGGUUCAACAGAAUCUUCAGCUAGUACAACAGAAUUUACGGGAUCCACUGAAUUUACAACUGAAAUUACAGGUUCGACAGAAUCUUCAGUUAGCACAGUAGAAUUUACAGGAUCGACUGAAUCAACAAUUGUUACUGAGACCACUGGUUCAACUGAAUCAUCUGCUAGCACAGUAGAAUUGACGGGAUCAACGGAAUCAUCUGAGAGUACCUCCGAAUAUACUCCAUCAACAGAAUAUUCGAGCUCCACUGAAUCAUCGUUUGGUACAACGGAAUUAACAAUGUCAACUGAAACAGUAUUUACUGAAAGUACUACAGAACUUAGUAGUAGUACUGAAAGUACUACUUCCAUUAUGGAUAUAUUCACUUUAAAACCAAGACUAUGCAAAAGGCGAAAGAUUAAACAGUGUAGACAUACCCAAUACGGAUGCUGUUGGGAUAACAUCACACCUGCUCAAGGACCAUUCGAUAAAGGAUGUCCUAUUCCUCGUACUUGUAAAGAAUCUAAAUUCGGUUGUUGUGAAGAUGGAGUUUCGCCCGCUCUUGGAUCCAAAUUUGCAGGAUGUCCUCGUUAUCCCUGUAAUGAAACUCUAUUCGGAUGUUGUCCCGAUAAUAAGACAGUUUCCCAAGGAAAUGAUAAUGAAGGUUGCCCUCCAGUUUGUCUAAGUUCUAAAUACGGUUGUUGCAGCGAUAAUGUAACCGGAGCUACAGGACCUCAUCAUAAAGGAUGCCCAGAAGAUACUACAACAUUAGAGCCAACAACUGAAUCAAUAACAGAAACUAUCAUAUCUACAGUUUCUACCGAGGAAACAACAACUACGUCCGGAUCUACUGAAAGUAGCAUAUCUACAGAGAUGACAUAUUUGCCCACUGAAGUUUUAACAGAAACAACUACAGCCGUAAAUUGCAACUUAACUCCAUACAGAUGUUGUCCAGAUGGAAUCACUACAGCAGAAGGACCCGGUUUUCAAGGAUGUGGUUUGCCUUGUUCAGAUACUACAUUCGGUUGUUGCCAGGAUGCUAAGACUCCUGCACAUGGACCCAGUGGAGAAGGAUGUUGUUUAUCUUCGCGUUUCGGUUGUUGUCCAAAUGAUAUUACACCAUCUAGAGGACCAAAUCAAGAAGGUUGCGAAUGUGUACAUUCUCCAUACGGUUGUUGUCCCGAUAACAAAACUUCUGCGCGUGGUUAUGAUAAUGAAGGCUGCGGUUGCCAAUUUACCCCUCAUGGUUGUUGCCCCGAUAGCCUUACAACAGCUACAGGAGCAAAUUACGCUGGUUGUCCCUGUUAUACUUUCCAAUUUGGCUGUUGUCCGGACGGUAUUACUAUUUCUGAAGGACCUCGUUACCAAGGUUGCGGCUGCAGAAAUACCGAGUUCGGAUGCUGUUCUGAUGAAAAAACUCCUGCGUCGGGACCUAAUGGAGAAGGAUGUACCUGUGAAAAUAGUAAAUUUGGUUGCUGUAUUGAUGGUGUUACUGAAGCUAAAGGAGAAAACUACGAUGGAUGUACCGACACUCCUAAAAACCUUCAAGAAGGGUGCGGAAUGCCAAAAGAAAGAGGCAAAUGCAGAAACUUCACUGUGAAAUGGUACUUCGACAUGGAUUACGGCGGUUGUUCUAGAUUUUGGUAUGGUGGUUGUGAUGGUAACGAAAAUCGCUAUAAAUCCAAAGAAGAAUGCGAGGACAUUUGUGUCCAACCGAGAGGAGCAGAUCGAUGUAAACUACCAAAAGUAUCAGGUCCGUGCGAAGGCUAUUUUCUUAAUUGGUAUUACGACAAAAAUUUCAAAACAUGUACACAAUUUGUUUACGGCGGAUGCCUCGGUAACAAUAAUAGGUUCGAAACUAAAGAAGAAUGUAUGAAUACCUGUGCUGUUGACACUAACCCAGAUCCUUGUCGACAGAAGAAGGAACCAGGUCCUUGUAAGGGUACGUAUCAACGUUACUACUUUGAUAACGAUCUUGAAGAAUGCCAAGAAUUUAUAUAUGGAGGUUGUAAAGGGAAUAGAAAUAAUUUUGUAACGCUCGAAUCGUGCAAACAACAAUGUGCUCCCGCAGGAAAAAGGAAGGAUCUCUGCUCGUUACCAAAAUCUGAAGGUAAUUGCACGGACAUAUUAGCGACUUGGUAUUAUGAUACAUCGAGGAAAAAUUGUGCACCGUUCUAUUAUUCCGGUUGUUACGGUAAUCUUAACAAUUUCGAAACUAGAGAAGCAUGUCAAAGCAACUGUCCACCCGAAGUCGAAAUGGAUACGUGUCACCUUCCUGCUAACCCCGGAGAGUGUUCUAAUUACGUCGGCAGGUGGUAUUACGAUACAAGAACGAAAUCAUGUCGCCAAUUCUAUUAUGGAGGCUGUGGAGGAAACGGAAAUAACUUCGAGACACAACAAAUCUGUGAACAAAUAUGUGAAAAGAAAGAAGAUAAACCAGCUCUAACUUCUACAACUCCACAGCCACAACCAUCCCCUCCGCCGUCAUUUACUGUGGAUAUGUGCUUCCUUCCGAGCGAUCCUGGUCCUUGUUUAGCCGCUUUUAGAAAGUAUUACUACGACUCUAGAGAUGGAGUUUGUAAAGAAUUCGUUUAUGGUGGUUGUCUAGGAAAUGGCAAUAACUUCGACUCUAUUGAACAAUGCCUUGGAUAUUGUCGAAACGCCCAAGAUCAAUGUAGUUUACCUCCAGUCCGUGGACCUUGCGACAAUGACUAUCUGGCAUAUUAUUAUGAUAAAACAACUGAUUCAUGUCAACAAUUUGUAUACGGAGGUUGUUCUGGUAAUACAAAUAUGUUCCGAGAUCAAGAAUCUUGUGAAACAACUUGCAAGAAGAUUCCUGAACCUCCACCGACGUAUACUCAAGCACCAACAACUGCCACUGAUGCUCUUAUGUGUUUCCAACAACCGGAUCAUGGAAAUUGUACGGACAGAUUUACGGCUUUCUAUUAUGACAGCGAUCAACAAAAGUGUCUACCAUUUAUGUAUACUGGUUGCGGAGGAAAUAGUAACCGUUUUAACAGCGAAGAGCAGUGCCAGAGACAAUGCGGAACUUUCAAAGACCAAGAUGUCUGUAAUCUACCUAGAGAUCCAGGACCGUGUAGAGGUUACUUUGUUAAAUAUUAUUACGAAAGAUCAACUGGACGUUGCGAACAAUUUGCAUAUGGAGGUUGUCAGGGUAACGGAAAUAGGUUUAGUUCCGAAGAAGAAUGUUCUCGUAUUUGUAUAACUCACGAAGAAAAGAAACCAAAUGUACCGGCUAGUGUAUUGUGCAGAUUACCAGUAGAUCAAGGUUCUUGCAACAUGUACCAACACAAGCGUUGGUAUUUCAAUGAUACCAAAGGAGAAUGUAUAGCUUUUAUUUACUCCGGCUGCGGAGGCAAUUUCAACAAUUUCAAAUCAUAUCAAUAUUGUCUUGAUUAUUGUAAAGAACUUUUGAUUGUUCCUGAACCGCAACCAGUUACUACUCAAAUGCCAGAACAUCCUUGCCAAGCUGCUUUCGAUGAGUGUACAACUCUGAGAUGUGCUUACGGAGUAGAACCAUUCGUAGAUGAAAAUGAAUGUAACAGAUGUCGCUGUCGCGAUCCUUGUAUGGAAAUAGAAUGUCUUCCGGAUGAACAAUGCGCCAUUGACAUCAAUAUAAACAAGACGUCUCCUCAGGAUGCCGAUUUCAUAGCGAUUUGUAGGAAACAAAUUAAACCGGGAACUUGUCCUCAGCUUGAUAUAAGUGACAAUAACUGUGAAGUUGAAUGUAGAAGCGAUGCCGAUUGCGCCUUACAAAUGAAAUGCUGUUCUACCGGAUGUGGUACUGCUUGCGUCGAUCCGCCCGCACAACUUGUUACGCAAGAACCGCCUGUUAUAACCGUAGGCCAAAUCGACGAGUACCAACCGCCACACGUUGAUCCAAUUGUAUACAAACCUGAAGUUUCGGCAUUAAUUGGUGACCAAGCAACGCUAAGAUGCGCCGUUUCCGGUAAUCCGAAUCCAAGAAUUCGAUGGAGCAAAGAUAAUAUCGAGAUUGAUGGUACUCAACCGAGGUAUAGAAUCAAACUUGAUCAAUCGCUUCAAAUCAUUACUUUACACAAGACUGAUUCCGGUAUUUAUCUAUGCACCGCUUCGAACGGUGUCGGACAAUCUAUAACUAAUCAAGUUAAACUUGAAGUUAUUGAAUCUGAACCUAGGCCUGUAACAAUGUUGUCGGAACAAGGAGAUCAGCCAGUAGUGGUAUCCCUUAAUGAUCCUACUACCUUGAACUGUAUGGUCCUCGGUUAUCCUUUUCCUACGGUUACUUGGUGGAAAGACGAUUCUAUGAUUCCAUUCAAAAACUCCGAAUAUGAGAUAAGCAAAGAUUAUUCUUUACUGAUACACUCGGUAAGGCUACAAAAUUUGGGAAUAUACACUUGUCAAGCUUACAACGGUUAUGGCAAAGCCGCUAGUUGGUCAGUAACAGUCAAAGCUAGAGGCCCCGUUCAUUUUUCAAACCCAGACGAUUUUAAAUAUAAUAAAUGGAUUAUAAAUGAGGAAGGAAUCGCAUUUACAACUACUACCACCACUACUACUACAACAGCUGCACCUAUUUUGGCAACCACUUCGUUCUGGGAUAUGCCAGAUACUCCCUUACCCCCUAUUUUACCUCCUUAUACGGAACCUUCAAACUACAUUGUUACUGAUCCGAUACCAGAGCCAGGCGGAAGAGAACCACCACCAAGUACGAUUGUGCCGGUGAGAGCUAAUAUUACUAGCAACGACCAGAGGUAUCCAGUGGGCAGCGAUAUUGAACUACCAUGUGAAUACGGAGGAUCACCUACACCCCAAGUGCAAUGGUACAAAGAUGGAGUGGCGAUACAUGAAACAGGAAAAUUACAUAUUAGUGAAACUGAUGGAAUGAGUAUGUUAACCAUAGAACAAGCUAUCAAGGCGGAUUCAGGUUCUUACCAAUGCGAAGCCACAAACGCUUAUUCUAGAGCUUCCAGUAUGUUAGAAAUUUCCAUUGAAGGAAUGUAUAUACACCCGAGCUGUAUUGAUAACCAAUUCUUCGCCAAUUGUGCCUUAAUUGUAAGGGCCAACUAUUGCAGUCACAAAUACUACGCCAAAUUCUGCUGCAGAUCGUGUACAGAAGCAGGUCUUCUACCUAUCGAUGGUCCUCAUAUCCACAAAAAGAAGAGGCACAACGUUAUUGAAAAUAAUUUAGAAUAAUGAAUUUUUCACUAGUCUUUUAAUUUAACAAAAAAAAUCACACCCAAGAAACUUCAAUAAGUAAUAAUUUCAAAGAGUAGUAGACACUAACAUUCAUCACAUGUUGUGAGUUGGUCUUACUAACAGUUUCGAUUUAUUUGAAAAAAACUAUUUUCCGUUGUUUUAUCUACUAGUACAUCGUCGCUUUAUUUGUAAAUUUUGUUUAAUAAUUUUCUAAAACGACAAUUAUUUGGUUUAUACUACUAAUCCUGACGCUCCAAGUAUGCCGUUGAAUGUACUCAUAAUUAAAAGUAUAUCAAUCUACAAAAAGACAUUUAAAUUUUUAAUAUAUUAUAGAGGUUUACUGUAACUCGACAAAAAAUAGAUGAAAAUGGGCGCCAAAAUUCAAGAAAAAAAAAUGAUGGAGCUAGAAAAGACAACUUAUGGUAAGAUAGAAAACGUUCUGAAAGUGAAGCAGAAACCUACACACUCACAAUCGAAAAUAAGUUGAGAAGAAGAAAUACCUAAAUAUGUGAAAUUUUAUAAUAAAAAAAUUUAUGUUCGAUCUAUUAACCUAACAAAUCCUGGCAGCUAAAUUCGCUGAUAUCAUUUCUUUAAAAUUAAGUCUUGAAAUCCAUAUAACACUGAUUUGAAUUGAUUACAUUCCAGUCACUACAUUUACUUCAAUUCAAUAUUUUGUAGCUGUAUUUGCUCGACGAUGUCCUUAAUCAAGUAUUCUGCAGUCCAUGAUAUAAUUGAUCAAAUAUCUAUGAUAUUCUUUCUCCAGUAAUCUGUAGCAACAGCGGAUCGAUGAUAUCCUCAGUCAAAUAUUCUGUAUCUAGAUUUGCUCGAUACUAUGCUAUGCUAUUUUGUAGCAUCACCUUACCGAUUAUAUCUUUAAUCAAAUAUUCCGUAUCUUGAGCUGCUCUAUAAUAUCCUUGAUCAAGUAUUCUGCAACUUUAGCUGGUUCAUCUUCACUCAAAUAUUCUGUAGUUUGACUUGGUCAAUGAUAUCCUUCAGUAUUUUGUAGCUUCAGCUGAUCGAUGACAUCCUUGAUCAAAUAAUUCUAAAGCUUGAUCUGUUUGAUGAUGUCUUUGUUUAAAUAUGUUGUAGUUUGAUUUAAUCUAUGGUAUCCUGCCAUCUGUAUUCUGGAGCUUCACCUGGUUGUUGAUACUCUUGAUUAAACAUUCUCUAGUGUAAUUUGGUCGAUGAUAUUCUUGCACUAAUAUACUGUAAUCUAAGCUGUAGUAAAACAACGGCAAAAUACGUGUUUACUUACUUUGUACUUAUUUGGAAAACUACUGCAAUUUGAAAUUACAUUUCUUGGAAUCUUGAUAAGUCUUUGGAAGCAUAAUGAAUUGGCUUCUUUAAAAUACUCCAGAAAUCAUAUCUUAGAUUAUGAUGUGGUAUAAAAUUUGUUAUUUCAGUUAUUAAUUAUAUUUUGGAGAUAACGAAUUGUUAUCUUAAAAAAAACAUUGUGCAAUCUACUUAAUUUUUUGUAUAUAUAUUUUUAAAUGAUAUUUAUAAAAAUGCCUUUGUAAAAAUGUGUUCAAUACAUUGAAAAAGUAAAAAAAAUUGA